UGGCAGUUUAGCUCCGAGCGGCGAUCAAGGUUCCUUCCCUUCCACUCUCUCGGCAACCUUACCUUGCGCAGCUUGUAAUAUACCACACACCACCUUUAGUACCUCCAUUUUCCUUUUUUUACUUCCUUUUUCUCUUUUCUCUCUCGUUGCACUGGCGCACUUCUGGUGCAUACGGUGAUACGGGAGAGUGGGUAAAGGGUCGUACAGCUUAUUAUUUUUUUCACUUCUCUUUUUGCUCCUUCGAGAUUCACCUGCACUUCGGUGUGUGGUGUGUAUGGUGUAUCAAUUGGCGAGAGAAAAGAGACAGUCUUGGAAGAGCGCAAGCCAAAGUUGGGGAGAAAAUCACCAGUUUUCCCACCCUUCAUCCACUACCAUAUCCUUCGUUUUUCCUUACUACUUUCUCCGCCCUACGAUCGAAGUUCAGAGUUCGAAAGAAUACUAAAUCGCAGUCCAAAUAAAAGAAUGAAUGGACUACGGAAUCUGGUAGUUUUCCCAUCAUAGGUUGGAAAUAAUGAGAGUUGCGAUACGGGAACAGUUAGCAGCGCUCGUGCUGCUCGCUGUACUUGUCGGUCUCGCUAUCCUCUCUAUACCAACGUGGAUCUACGUGAACCGCUUCGUCGUUGGUGUGGAGACGUCCGGACUUUCGUUAACAGCAUCUCUCAAAGCUGCCCAGGUUGCCUCUGAGAUUGAAUUGAUACAGACGACCUGUAACCACAUAGCUACGAGGUUGCUUCUCCAGCAAGCGCUUGUAUCAUAUUAUAUCGGUAAUGAUAGCGACGCUUUUUGGAGUCAGGCCGCUGCCGACAUUUCGAGCGCCCUCCUCUCUCGCCCUGGCAUCACCAGCAACCUACUACAGGCAAGACUCUAUUCGCGAAAUCAAACAGGUGGAGACCGUCCCGAUGGACUUCUCAGUGUCACCGGUAGUAACGUCUCUGAGAUCCGACUACCUUACAAGGCCUCUGAUGGGUCUCAGGCUAUUUUAGGUGACAAUCCGUCAGGCUAUCCUCCCGCGUUGUACCCGAAUAUUACGUAUUACAAUUCCACAAAUCCCGACCCUGGAUAUCCGAACCACACUGCCGUCGUGGCCCGACCGUUCCCGGACAUCCGAAUUGAUUCGAGUGUGGAUGGAUUGGUAUUGGGCCCGUUAGUCGUCAAUGAGAGUUUCGCCUUGAUCUCGUUGACUAUACCGAUUCGUAGUAUCGUACGGGACGAUGUGAUACUUGGUUACAUGACGACCAUCGGUGAGGCCUCGUCGAUUAUUAAUAUCGCGGGGUCUAAGGAAGGUUUAGGAGACACGGGUUCUGUUUUGCUCGUCGGCCCUUCGACUGGAUGGAAUCGUUUCAGCAAGUAUAAUUUGCCCGCAAACGCGACUCAUCCGGCGGCGUCCAAUUUCUCGGACGUCAAUGUCAAAUUCGUCCUACCCCCUCGGGCAAUGUCCCGUCAGACCGAUAGGCACUCGCUGCAUAAUUAUGCCUCCGGAAACUAUUACCAGCCUUUCAAAGUCUCAUCAUAUGAUGCUGUAUACAGGGCUUUCACCCAACAGAAUUCCGCGGUCAAUAACGCUAGCAGUUUAUUUUCCACUAAAAAUGAGCAGGGAGUUUCUGUCGCUGUUGGCUAUGCUCGCCCGCAGACUUCUUUGGUGAACUGGACGCUCAUAGUCGAACAGGACAAAGCGGAGGCGUAUAUCCCAAUCAAGACACUUCAGCAUAUCCUUCUCGGUUGCGUCUUCGGGACUAUAGGCCUUACUCUCAUCCUGGUUCUACCAUGUGCUCAUCUAAGCGUCCUGCCAAUUCGAAGGCUGAAAUCUGCUACGGAAAAAUCAAUCGCGCCCCCGGGUUAUGCUGAGUCUUAUAUAGACGAUCUAGAUUACGACGACGACGCAGAUCAUCCUGGGUCGGAGAGCACGGGUCACAAGUCGGAUAACGGGACUCUAGUUCGAUUGAGACGAUUCAUCCGGAAACAUACACGAUCAAGUGCUGCCACUCCCUCAGUACAUGGUAGCGAGCCAGCAAGGCGGGUUUUCAAGAUUCCACGCAAAGUUAGCGAACGGAAGCAUUUCGUAACAGACGAGCUUACGGAAUUGACGACGACCUUCAAUGAGAUGAGCGACGAACUCUUAAAGCAGUACACCUCCUUAGAAGACAAAGUUGCAGAGAGAACACAUGAGCUCCAGAUUAGUAAGAAGGCUGCCGAGGCUGCUAAUGAAAGUAAGACUUUGUUCAUCGCAAACAUCUCUCACGAACUUAAGACGCCUCUAAACGGUAUCCUGGGCAUGUGCGCAGUUUGCAUGGAGGAAGACGAUCUGAAUCGGAUCAAACAGUCUCUGAAAACCUUGUACAAGUCUGGCGACCUACUCUUGCAUCUCCUCGAAGACUUGUUAAGCUUCUCAAAGAACCAGAUCGGACAACAAUUAAGCCUUGAGGAGAGGGAAUUCCGGUUAGGCGAUAUCCGGUCGCAGGUCACGACUAUUUUUGACAAACAAGUUCGUGAAGGAUCGAUUGAUUUCUCGGUCACCUUUUUGGGCACCGAACCCGAUAUUGGCUCGAGCUCCAAACAAGCGGAGAUAGACGAGAAGCUUCCAGCAAUCGGGCCCCUCGGGACUGGUAGGCUAAAGGAUAUGUGCCUAUGGGGUGACCAGCAUCGAAUUUUACAAGUGCUUAUCAAUCUUGUGAGUAACAGCCUUAAAUUCACGCCUCCUGGGGGGAAAGUAUCGGUUAGGAUAAAAUGCCUACGCGAAAUAGAAACCUUCGACGAGAGCAGAGCGUCAUCCAUGUCGAAAACCGGCUCCGGUCGCCCAAGCAGAGCCCGGGGUAGAAUGGGACCGGGGUCGAACAGAUCCAAGAGCUCAAACGAAAUGACAAUCCCUCAAUAUAAGGGAGGUGGCACAGCCUUAUCCAUCAACCCCCUAGAUCCCAAAGCAACACCCUACGUACGCAUCCGUGAAAGGUCACCAACGCCACCUCCGCCAAGUGCAAAAUCAUUCCUGUUCGAAUUCGAGGUUGAGGAUACCGGUCCCGGCAUUCCAGAGAAUAUGCAACAACGCGUUUUUGAACCAUUCGUCCAGGGCGACCUCGGUCUUAGUAAGAAGUUUGGAGGAACUGGUUUGGGAUUGAGUAUUUGCCAGCAGUUAGCAACUUUGAUGGGAGGAACCAUCUCGCUGAAAAGCACCGUUGGUGUUGGCACCACAUUUACAAUGCAGAUUCCUCUCAAGUACACCAAGAAUAGAGCUUCAAGCACAGCCUCUAGCAGCGCCAAUUCGCGCGCACCUAGCAUCAGCAGCACGGCAGAAGUGAUUUCCAGGAAAAACUCUCUGACGCUGUCGCAGACCACAGCCGAAGUUAAAGCUACUGUCCUUGAUCAGCAGCCACGUCUCAUUGGAUUGAGCCAACCUUUCUUCACGACAGGUCCCAGGGCCAAUUCAAAAGAUCCUACUUCCACCUCUCGAAUGAACGCCUUCGAAAUGGCUAAAGCAAGCAAAGGCGGGGGAAAGUUGCGAGUUCUUGUUGCCGAGGAUAACCCCACAAAUAUCGAGGUUGUCAGCAAGAUGUUAAAAUUGGAAGACGUGUACGAUGUGACUAUCGCCAAGGACGGACAGGAGGCAUAUGAAAUGGUAAAAACGAAUAUGGAGAACAAUCUUUACUUCGAUUUGAUAUUUAUGGAUGUUCAAAUGCCAAACCUCGACGGCUUACAGAGCACACGUUUAAUUCGGAAGAUGGGAUAUUCAGCACCAAUUGUCGCUUUAACUGCUUUCUCGGAGGAGAGUAACAUUCAAGACUGUAUGGAAUCGGGGAUGAACGAAUUCCUCAGCAAGCCCAUCCGGCGGCCAGCCUUGAAGCAGGUGCUCAAGAAAUUCGCCACGAUUCCCGAGGAGCCCGAAACAGCGUCUCAUCUAGCGAGCAGAGAUACUCCUAAGAAAGGAGGCCGCUUAGCAAGUGAUCAACCACCAAACGGAAAUUUGACACCGUUAGAGUUGACUCCUGUACGUAAGGAGAAGCCUAUAAUGAAUGGUACGCAUCUAGCAACAGGAGCGGUAACGUGAUACGGCGGUGAAUUGUUGCUAUCAGUCAUAUAUAUACGACAAUAUACGAACACCGGCACUUCGGAAUACCCUUAACGCUACUAUCCCUCCUUAUCUAAUUCUUGACUCGAUCCUUUGUUGCCUCUAAACCUAUUAUCAUACUAUUCACAUUUUCCUUGUCUGGGAAUCACAAG